AUGGUUGACAGCACCGAGAAGCAAGAGUCUACACCUCCCAGCGAGAGUGUCAUCGACCAAACAACUGUUGAGGCUGAAUCGGCGGCACCCUCGAAGGCCCGGCCCAAAGUGAAAUCGUCGACGACGGUCAGAUCCAGGCCCCGUCGCUCUCCCAGUAGAGCCACCAAAGUACAACAGCUCCGUCUGAUCCGGCACUACAUCAGACGGUUCUGCAGAUAUUUUGGCAGCUUCGGACGCAUGAAGGCGCUAAACAUUGAGGUGCGGAGACGGGCGGUGCACUCCCGAUACACUGACCUUCGACGCUUUCACAGUGACUACUUCCUCAAAUAUCUGGAGCUGUGUGAACGCACCACGCCCUACCUCGCCGGUGAAAUCCGCGACGAUCUCGCCAAGUUCACCUGGGGGCAAUACCAUUGGUGGCCAAAGUGUAAAGACCUGCCAACACAAUCCCAGAGGCGAGAAAUGGUGGAUUGGGCGGUUGAACAACUGGCAGAGAGAGACUUUGACAACAAGAGUUUCAUGAACGCGUUGGAUGACUUCUGUGAGGCUGACUGCGAUCAACCGUUAGGAGGCUGUGGUGUGCCAGGAGGAAGUCAAGGUAAACAUGAGUACACAACACCUGGCAAGGUAGCUCAGCAGGAGCAACAUACCUGGAGUCCGCCUUUCUGUCGAGACCUUUGGUGUAUGUCAGACCUUGACGUACGCAGAGCCUCACUCGACUUCCGGCCGCAGGAGACAUUGGAUAUACCAAGAGUCGAGUCCGCAACAUUGGAGAUCAUGGACGGAGGCAAUCAGGGGCCACGGUCAUGA